AUGAACCCUAAUCCAGUCACUAAUGGGUUUGUAAAACAUGUUCCUACUGAAGAAGAGAAGGCAAAGAUAGAGGAAGUGAGAAAGCUGUUAGGGCCGUUACCGGAGAAGCUAUCGAGUUUUUGUUCGGAUGAUGCGGUUUCGAGGUAUCUAAGGGCGCGGAAUUGGCAUGUCAAGAAGGCUGCAAAAAUGCUUAAAGAAACCUUGAAAUGGAGGGUUCAAUACAAACCUGAGGAAAUCUGUUGGGAGGAAAUAGCUGAUGAAGCAGCGACAGGGAAGAUAUAUAGAUCGAGUUGCGUCGACAAACAUGGACGACCUGUUCUCAUCAUAAGACCGAGUUGCGAGAAUUCGAAGUCGGUGAAAGGCCAGAUAAGGCAUCUUGUGUAUUGUAUGGAGAAUGCAAUCCAAAAUUUGCCACCAGAGGAGGAACAAAUGGUGUGGAUGAUCGAUUUCCACGGUUACAGCUUGGCGAAUGUAUCCUUAAGAGCUACAAAAGAAACAGCUCACGUAUUGCAAGAACAUUACCCUGAGCGAUUGUCUCUGGCCAUCCUCUACAAUCCUCCCAAGUUCUUUGAACCUUUCUGGAAGGUGGCGAGGCCCUUUUUAGAGCCGAAGACACGGAAUAAAGUGAAGUUUGUUUACUCGGAUGACCCAAACACCAAGCAGAUAAUGGAGGAGAUCUUGGCCAUGGACAAGAUGGAGUCAGCGUUUGGUGGAGGCGAUGAGUCGGGUUUCAACAUAAACAAGCAUUCAGAAAGGAUGAAAGAGGACGACAAGAAAAGACUCGCAGCCUUGGAGGACAUUGCUUCCACUUCUCUAGAAUCACUCAGCUUCUUAUCUGUCUCUGACCGUGCCACCUCUGACAGUGUUCACCCCGGCUCUGAGGAUAUAUCUGAGGACGAGCAUCAACCUCGUGGCAUGAGUCAGAGAAACGGAUCGAUUCCGUGA